CGAGAACAGAACCAAUGAGAGAAAUUCUUAAAAAAUUGUCUUAGAAAUGCUGAGCAAGUAAUAAAAUGAUUUAAAAUUUCGAGAAUAUAAUUGAGUGUCUAUAAGAAUGAUAAUUCAAUUUUUAUUUCUUUAUUAGUUAUCCAGGCUUACGAGUUUACGUUUGAAAAAAAGAAAUGUUUUAGUGAUUUAUUUAUUCUCAUACGUGUUUUAUUUAAUGUUGUGGUUAUAUCAGCUCCGUAUUGAAAGUAAUAUCUUUUCCAGUUUGCUAAGAUAACAAUAUUUAAAUCAUUAAUCUGUUAAUAUAAUAACAUUAAUCUGUUAGUAUAAUAUAAUUUAUCUUAUCAUGGCAAAAUUAUGUGAUAGCAUAGUUCUAUGUAGAGGAUUGCCUGAACAAACUUUAAAAGAAGACAAUUAUUUGCAUACUUUACAAUCAGCUGGUUACAAUUGUGAUUAUUUAUAUACCUCACGAUUUGAAUUCAUUAAUAGCUCAGAUUUAAAAAUGUGCUUAGAAACACCUGACAAUUAUUAUGGUUUAAUAUUGACUAGUCAACGUGCUGUAGAAGCAAUAUGUCAAAUAGUCAAGGACGAUAAGAUAUCUCUAAGCCGGUGGCAAAAAUUACCAGCAUAUUGUGUUGGCCCUGCAACUGCAUCUCUCGCAGAAAAUUGCCUUGGUUUAGAAUGUUGUUUAGGUAGUCAAUCCGGUAAUAUCAAGGAUCUUACAGAGAUCAUUAUUUCUGAUAUGAAAAAAAUAACAAAACCGCUGUUAUACCCUUGCAGUGAAAUUGCACGUGAAACCGUUGAACAGGUUCUUUCUCAAAAUAGAAUUAAUCUAUGCAAACUUGUUGCUUAUCGGACCAUAAUUAGAGAAUCAUUAGAAGUUGAUUUCUUAAAUAUCAUUGGUUCUAUACCAAAAAUAUUUGUCUUUUUUAGUCCAUCUAGUGUAGAUUACCUUGUAUCCAUAUUAAAGAAACGUCCUGAUUAUAUAAAAAAUAUAAAAGCAGUAGCAAUUGGUCCUACGACUAAACAAAGUCUAAUAGAUGCUAAUUUUGUAAUUUAUGCCACUGCAGCAAGUCCAAAUCCAGCAGCUUUAUUGGAAGCUAUUAACGAUGCUGGUUGCAAUAGUAACUCAGAAACAAUGUAAUAUAUAAAAUCUCUUUUUUCUCAAUGUUUUAAAUAUUU